GCGCCAUGGGCCCGAGGGUGGGCGGCGGGCGGCUGGUCAUCCCCGGGCCUCGCCCCCGCGGGAGAGCGGCCAGGAGUCGGCGGGGGCCGGCCGGGCUCGCAGGGAGGCCGGCCCGCGCCCCCUGAGCGACGGACACCAGGGCGCUCACCAUGGCCCCGCCGCUCCUGCUGCUGCUGCUGGCCAGUGGAGCGGCCGCCUGCCCGCUGCCCUGCGUCUGCCAGAACCUGUCCGAGUCGCUCAGCACCCUCUGUGCCCACCGAGGCCUGCUGUUUGUGCCUCCCAACGUGGACCGGCGCACAGUGGAGCUGCGGCUGGCUGAUAACUUCAUCCAGGCCCUGGGGCCCCCUGACUUCCGCAACAUGACGGGGCUGGUGGACCUGACACUGUCUCGCAAUGCUAUCACCCGCAUUGGGGCCCGCGCCUUUGGGGACCUCGAGAGCCUGCGUUCCCUCCACCUUGACGGCAACAGGCUGGUGGAGCUGGGCACCGGCAGCCUUCGGGGCCCCGUCAACCUGCAGCACCUCAUCCUCAGCGGCAACCAGCUGGGCCGCAUCGCGCCGGGGGCCUUCGACGACUUUCUAGAGAGCCUGGAGGACCUGGACCUGUCCUACAACAACCUCCGGCAGGUGCCCUGGGCCGGCAUCGGCGCCAUGCCUGCCCUGCACACCCUCAACCUGGACCAUAACCUCAUUGACGCACUGCCCCCAGGCGCCUUCGCCCAGCUCGGUCAGCUCUCCCGCCUGGACCUCACCUCCAACCGCCUGGCCACGCUGGCUCCGGACCCGCUUUUCUCUCGUGGGCGUGAUGCAGAGGCCUCUCCCGCCCCCCUGGUGCUGAGCUUCAGCGGGAACCCCCUGCACUGCAACUGUGAGCUGCUGUGGCUGCGGCGGCUGGCACGGCCGGACGACCUGGAGACCUGCGCCUCCCCGCCUGGCCUGGCUGGCCGCUACUUCUGGGCAGUGCCCGAGGGCGAGUUCUCCUGUGAGCCGCCCCUCAUUGCCCGCCACACGCAGCGCCUCUGGGUGCUGGAAGGUCAGCGGGCCACGCUGCGGUGCCGGGCCCUGGGUGACCCCGCGCCUACCAUGCACUGGGUCGGUCCUGACGACCGGUUGGUUGGCAACUCCUCCCGAGCCCGGGCUUUCCCCAACGGGACCUUAGAGAUUGGGGUGACCGGCGCUGGGGACGCUGGGGGCUACACCUGCAUCGCCACCAACCCUGCUGGUGAGGCCACGGCCCGAGUAGAACUGCGGGUGCUGGCCUUGCCCCAUGGUGGGAACACCAGUGCCGAGGGGGGCCGCCCCGGGCCCUCGGACAUCGCCGCCUCGGCUCGCACCGCUGCCGAGGGUGAGGGGACGCUGGAGUCUGAGCCAGCUGUGCAGGUGACAGAGGUGACCGCCACCUCAGGGCUGGUGAGCUGGGGUCCCGGGCGGCCAGCCGACCCAGUGUGGAUGUUCCAAAUUCAGUACAACAGCAGCGAGGAUGAGACCCUCAUCUACCGGAUCGUCCCAGCCUCCAGCCACCACUUCCUGCUGAAGCACCUGGUCCCUGGCACUGACUAUGACCUCUGCCUGCUGGCCUUGUCACCGGCCGCUGGGCCCUCUGACCUCACGGCCACCAGGCUGCUGGGCUGUGCCCAUUUCUCCACGCUGCCAGCCUCGCCCCUGUGCCACGCCCUGCAGGCCCACGUGCUGGGCGGGACCCUGACCGUGGCCGUGGGGGGUGUGCUGGUGGCUGCCUUACUGGUCUUCACUGUGGCCUUGCUGGUUCGGGGCCGGGGGGCCGGGAAUGGCCGCCUCCCCCUCAAGCUCAGCCACGUCCAGUCCCAGACCAAUGGAGGCCCCAGCCCCACACCCAAGGCCCACCCGCCGCGGAGCCCCCCGCCCCGGCCGCAGCGCAGCUGCUCCCUGGACCUGGGAGACGCCGGGUGCUACGGUUAUGCCAGGCGCCUGGGAGGAGCCUGGGCCCGACGGAGCCACUCUGUGCAUGGGGGGCUGCUCGGGGUGGGGUGCCGGGGAGUAGGAGGCAGCACCGAGCGGCUGGAAGAGAGUGUGGUGUGAUGGACGGGCAGCUUCCUGUGUGCUCCAAGGGACGAGCCGCGUGGGGCAGAGGGCCCGGGGCGGCCGCCUGGCCUGGGAGUCCCUCCCUGGUUUUUAUUCUCGGUACCUCAGGCUCCCCUGUGUACUUGGCGGGGCAGGGAGCCCUUUCCUUGGUUCUGGCCUCCAGACUAGGGUAAGGGGCAGGCCCCUCCAACAGGUGCUCACAGCCACCAAGGCAGGGGCUGCAGCCACCCAUUGGGAGUCUUGUUUUUAUUUAUAAUAAAAUUGUUGGGGACACCUCA